GUUUACGGCGCCGAAAAUCCCUGUCCUGCCCGGAAGUUGCGUUUGACACUUCUGAAAGGGGUCAUGGCGGAAGCAUGGGAAUAGCUUGCGCCCCCCUUUCCCCAGGGAGUACCCAUUCCGACAGGAGUCGCAAAGUGAGGAAGAAACUGCAUCCAAGAAUUCAGAUAUGGCAGAAGUGAAGUCAAUGUUCCGAGAAGUUCUUCCAAAACAAGGGCAGUUGUCUGUGGAAGAUAUAACCACAAUGGUGCUGUGUAAACCCAAACUUUUACCCUUAAAAUCUCUGACUCUGGAAAAACUGGAGAAAAUGCAGCAAGCAGCACAGGAUACAAUUCGCCAACAAGAAGUGACAGAAAAGGAACAGCAGCAAAUAACUCAAUGAAUGGUAUCAAACACAAUUAAAACCCUAAAAAUGGAAAAUAACAUGGAUUUGGAAGAGCCCAUGAAAUAAAUACAAACAUAAGCUUUGAAGAUUUACUUCUAAAAGACUGUAGCUAGAAAUGUAAUGGGUAUAUUCCAAGAAUACCUUUGUAAAUUCUGAAUAUAAUUCUUGGUUGGUUUGAUGUAUUUUAGUAACAAUUCCAAUCUGCAUGAACCCUGAGACCUCGCCAAGUAAUUGGGCUCUGCAAAAGAGGUUAGAAAUGUGAUCAUUCUUUAGAUAACUGUUAUUCAUUGGUAGCUACUAUUUUCUCAGAUACUAGGUAAAUGUAAAACUUCGGGGGUUUUUUUCUUUUUGGCCUCACCCAAGGCAUACAGAAGUUCCUGGACCAGGGAUCAAAUUUGAGCUGCAGUUAUGACCUACACCACAGCUGCAGCAAUGCAAGACCCAUAACCCACUGAGCCACAGCAGAACUCCAAACUUUUGAGUCUUUGAGUAAUAGUUUUUUAUAACACAAACAUUAUUUGGUAAUAGAAUUUAAGGAUGAGGAGUUCCCUUCUCAGCUCAGCAGUUAAUGAACCUGACUAGGAUC